GUAUCUGGUUCAGCUGACAAUUCCGUCCGGGUGUGGGAUGUAGAGAGUGGUGGUGUACUUCGUGCCUCUCUUCAAAAACACAAAGACUACGUCCGGUCUGUUGCAAUCUCGCCAGACGGAAAAUAUGUCGUGUCUGGUUCGGAUGACAAAACAAUCCGGGUGUGGGACAAAGCCCUUGAAGCACCUAUGCGCUUCUCGUCCGACCUGGCCAGUAUUCUUUAUUCCACCUCCUCCGCUCUCCAAAAAUCUUGCAACAUAGCAUCUCUUAAGGAUGGGUGGAUUAUAGAUCCCAAAGGACAGCUUCUCCUGUGGAUUCCGUCUGAUCGCCACCCUUCUGUCGCCAACAACAUGCUGUUGAUAUCCGAUGGUUCCUCACGGCUGAAUUUAAAGAAUUUCGUACAUGGCACAUUAUGGCGCAGGUGUCGGGAA